UAAUUAUACAUUCCUGGAUCUAGAAGCCCGACCUUACAAGCACAUGACCACGCCUUUGACCACGCUACGUUCCACGAUCCGUUUUUCACAGACCUUAUAUCGCAUCGCAGCAGCCGCCACGUCGAUGGCGACAGUAGCUACUAAAGAUCUGACAGCGACGGGAGAAUUUGUGAGGAGACCUACUGCAUUUCACAACAAGAUAACAGCUGAUGGCUCCAGCGGCUUCAAAGCAGAAGCAAAUCGCUACCACUUAUACGUCUGCUACGCAUGUCCUUGGGCAUCACGCACACUUGCCGUUCGCAAACUGAAGGGGUUGGAGAAGAUCAUUUCAUUUAAUGUCGUAGACUGGCUCUUGGAGGAGGGAGGUUGGAAAUUUAAUCCAAAC